AUGCCAACAGCGACAUUUAGCACAGUAGCCGAUCGUGAAAAAUUGUAUCGCAAUUGUGUACCACAAGAGAAGCCAGCAUCAUAUCCUCUCGAUCCAAAUCAUACUCACUUUAUUCUACUUGAUGAUAAAUGUGGUCCGAAUGAUGAAACCUGGAGACGAUAUGGAUAUCCAGUUCGAGCCGACCUCACUAUUCAGUUGCGUGCUGAAAUUGAACAGGAAGCUCGUUGUAGCUCUCAUUAUACACACAAUUAUAAGAUUCCCAUUAUUCAAAUAUUAAUCGAAGGUGGUCCUUCAUCUCUUCUAACAGUGGUUGAAGCAGUAAUGCACGAAACACCCGUCGUUGUCAUUGACGGUACUGGCAGAGCGGCUAAUUUUAUUGCAAAAGCAUACAAAGCAUUAUAUGAUAAUCAAACAACAUAUUUUCCACCAGCGAACAAUAAAGCUAAUUUGUAA